AUGGGACUUCCCAAUAAGGACUUGCUCCCCGAUGACCUGGAGGACCUGGUGUUCGACGCGCUGCGCCGCGCGAACCUCCCCACCCACUGCGUGCUCAUACACUACGACGCGAUCGUUGUCCAGCGGAAAGGAGGGGUCAUCGUCGUGCCGGUGGCGGUGCGUACCAUCCUGGCGCCGCCCACGGACGAAGAGGCGCCUCACGCGUACGAUACCCACCUCGUCAUAAAGCACGUCGACCUCAACAACUGGGACUUCAAGAACGACGGCACCGCGCGCGAGCGCACGCGCGAAUCCUUCGCCAAGGAGUGUGCCUUUUACCGCGACGUCGUCGCCGCGUCGAGGGCGUCGAGGGGGGGCCGGAACGAGGUGGUUACCAGGGCGUUCGAUCCGAUUAACGGGUGGGGCAUGGCACAGAUGGAGACCGGCGCGGACGGAUGGGCUGUUCCCACCGCGCAUCUCGUCGAGGGCGACGAGACGAGCGACGUCUUCACGCUCGUCAUGGCUGACGCCAUGGGCAAGCGGGGCGGAAAGGGAAGAGAGUUCGGCCCCGAGCCUUCCUCCCCCGACGCGCACCGCGCCCUCAACAGCGACUCGAUUCCCGGCAUCGCGGAUGGUGAUUUCGAGAACAUCGCUCCCCCCGCGCCGCCGGAGAGGCAGGUCUCGACCCAGGGAGCCUUCGGCGAGGUCACCGAGAAGUUGGGGAUGACCCCCGCGGAGGCUGAGGCCACGGUGGAGUGGCUCGCCGCGUUUCACGCCAGGCACUGGCUCGGACUCCCCGACUCCCCGGCGCUCCCUUACGACGCCCUCUGGGGCCGGGGCGGACACUGGACCCUCGAGAAGAGAGAGCACGAGGUGCGCAACAUCGAGUCCGAGUGGGCCAAGCUCGUGACAUCCUUCCCCGGGGUGCCCGCGCUCGAGAAGCACCGCGACUUGGGCGAGAGACUGGCGAGGCGAGCCGGGGAUAUCGCCAGGUGCGCGCACGCGAGGACCCAGACCCUCCUCCACGGCGACCUCAAGGCUGCCAAUAUCAUCAUGCCCAACGCGGUGUCCGGCGCCCUCGUGCCCAUCGUCUUCGAUUGGCAGUGGGCGGGGCCCGGUUGCGCCGCGGCGGAUCUGAUGUUCUUCAUCGCCACCUCGCUCUCGCUCGAGGCUGCCGAGAUGGAGGACGCGUUGGUGACGCUCUACCACGAGCGUCUCACCGCGAGGCUCAGGGCCAGGGGUUCCGUCGAGGCUGAACGCGCCGCGGACGCGCUCGACAUGGAGACGCUGAAGCGGGACAUGGACGCCAACGCGGUUGACUACGUCAGGUUUUGCGCCGGGUCUGUGUGGGGUCCGCUCACGCCCGCGUCGAUGGAGAAGCACAAGUACGAACAGAACCUCGGGAUCGCGAGGCGCAGCUCGUGGCACCUGACGAACUUGGUGGAGAGGGCCGGACGGGCGAUGGACGAUCUGGAGCGAAGGGAGUUCAAGACGCACGAGGACGAGGCGGAGGAGGCGAGGAGGGAGGCUGAGAGGUUGGAGGCGGAGAAGAGACGGGAGGCGCAGUUCACCAGGACCGUGUCGGGAAUCUCCAUCUUCAGCCACGGGGAGUACCAGUCCCUGUGCGGAGUACCAGUGGGAGUACCAGUACCUGUGGAGGGGGCGGCCAACUUCAGGUCCGACCCGCUGGAUCCGCUGCCGGAGGCGGAGUCGCUCCCGGGCGGCGUCGGCGACUCCGCCUCAUACGAGGUCUUCACGCAGCUCCCGGCGGAGGUGGUCCAGUCCCUCGAGGAGCACUGGUCGGGGGUCACGGCGAUGCCCGAAAUCGUGGGAACAUGA